GGGUUAGCAGCCGGCCUGUUGAGGUCAGAGGAGGCGGGCUCCACGUCCAAAACCCAGCGCCUGCGCGUGCUCAAGGCAACCAGGAGCAGAGACCCAGUGUGCGGCUUGGGAAGCCGGAUUCCGUGACACCACCUGGGCCACACGCCACCACUGCCUGCCCGGCAUGGAGGGCGAGUGCCGGGUGCUCUCCAUCCAGAGCCAUGUCGUCCGAGGCUACGUGGGCAACCGGGCCGCCAUGUUUCCACUGCAGGUUUUGGGAUUUGAGGUUGAUGCCGUGAACUCUGUGCAGUUUUCCAACCACACAGGCUAUGCCCAUUGGAAGGGCCAAGUACUGAAUUCACAGGAACUCCAUGAGCUGUACGAAGGUCUCAAGAUAAACAGUGUGAAUAAGUAUGACUACGUGCUCACUGGUUACACAAGGGACAAGUCCUUCCUGGCCAUGGUGGUGGACAUCGUUCGGGAGCUGAAGCAACAGAACCCCCAGCUGGUGUACGUGUGUGAUCCCGUGAUGGGCGACAAGUGGAACGGGGAAGGCUCCAUGUACGUCCCCCAGGACCUCCUUCCCGUGUACAGGGAGAAGGUGGUGCCCGUGGCAGACAUCAUCACUCCCAACCAGUUUGAGGCUGAGUUGCUGAGUGGCAGGAAAAUCCACAGUGAGGAAGAGGCACUGGAGGUGAUGGACAUGCUGCACUGCAUGGGUCCUGACACAGUGGUCAUCACCAGCUCUGACCUGCCCUCCCCACAGGGCAGUGACUACCUGAUCGCACUGGGCAGCCAGAGGAUGCGGAAGCCUGAUGGCUCCACGGUGACCCAACGCAUCCGGAUGGAGAUGCGCAAAGUGGAUGCCGUCUUUGUGGGCACUGGGGACUUGUUCGCUGCCAUGCUUCUGGCGUGGACACACAAGCAUCCAGACAACCUGAAGGUGGCCUGUGAGAAAACUGUGUCUGCCAUGCAACAUGUGCUGCAGAGGACCAUCCAGUGUGCAAAAGUUCAAGCAGGAGAAGGAAAGAAGCCCAGCCCGGCUCAACUGGAGCUGAGGAUGGUCCAGAGCAAAAAGGACAUCGAGGACCCUGAGAUUGUGGUGCAGGCCACGGUGUUGUGAGGGCCGUGCUUCCGCCCCAACACACAGCGUGCUGGGGUCUCUGUUUCCAUCCCUGUGAAAGCUGUAACGUCUGCCUUAGAGCCAUGACUGACACUUGACAUUUUAUUCCUUCCUGAGGGUCGGGUCUCAUCCAGUCUCAAUGGUGAAAAUGUGCCAUCAUGUUUUUUUUUUUUUU